AUGAACAACGGCGACAUUCCUUCCGAGCAGCAGGUCUACGCUGCGAUUGGCAACCUCGUUAGCAAUGUAAACCCGCUCAUAGCAGGUCUCGACCAUUUCUGGAAUGGUGACAACGGAGCCCUGACUGACGACAUGCUGGUCGACAUCGCAACGCAGGCCAAGGACCUCACGCAACGGGCUGAGAGAGUUACCACAACCACGAAUGCGCUCCUCGUUCAGCGAGUGAAUGGACACAGUCGCAUUGCCAACUUCGUGGCUAACCGCUCUGCCGACGAGAUCAACGGUGAUGCCCCCGUCAUGGCUGGUCAUGAUGCCGGCUCUAUGGCCAACCGCCCUGCUGACGAGGUCAACAACAACUCCGCCAUCAUGGCUGCUAAACAUGCCGACUUCUUGGUCAACUACAGCACCGCCUCUGCGGCUUUCCGUAAUGCCAUCGCGACUGGCAAUACCCCUGAGGCUGACCGUAAUGCUGAUAUCAUGACGAGACUCAACAAGGAUCUCGUGGCUUACCAUAACACCUGCCUCACGGUUGAUGACAAUGCCAACGAGUCUGGCGAUGCGGCCGGUAGCGCAGCCGGUAAAGAGAACAGAAAUGCGAAGAGAAAGGCGGUUGACAAUACCGACGUCAUUAGGAUCCAUCCAUCAGCCCGCGGGCAACUCCCCCCGGCCUCGACGGCGAUUUCCAAGUCCACCUCCAAAGCGACGGUCAAGCUCUCCUGCUCUAGCGCCAUCGAUCAGAGUGUAGAAAAGGACGGCAACGAUGACCCCGGCGAGGGCAGUAGCAAGGGACGCAAGAGCAAGAAGACCGCAGCCAAGAUGCCCGCCGCCAGCAAGCCCACCAAAAAGGGGCGUCCCGUGUGGAGACCUCACAAGGAGAAGAAGCCCAGGUCGGGCAUGUAUAAAUACGGCCGAAGCGCCUCGGUCCUGGAGGGUGUUCCCGACGAGCAGAUGACCCCCAUCGAGAGAGCCAUCGUAAGUAACAAGCCAUCGCCGAAUACAUUUAAUCAUCCUGAAGAUGGGUCUGAAACUAACCACCGAAUUUUCUUUUCCUGCCAACAGAAGGCCAAGGCCAAGUCGACGGCUGUCUGGGAUCAGCCUAGGCCAGAGAGACGCCGCCGAAUGGAGAUGAUGAAGGCCAACUGGGAUGCUAUGACGGAGGAGGAGAAAUCUGGCAAGACGAUCGAUGGGCAGGGACAAGCUGGCUCAGGUCUCUCUGGAGAAGGUGGUGCUGCUCCGCAGCCAUCUGUCGAGCAUAACUUCGCUGGGGAAGAAAAGGCUGAGCAGCAGGAAGAGGACAACAAUGCUGGGGACGUCGAUAUGGGCUCCGGAGAGGACGAGUCUGAGGCCAGCGCGGUCUCGGACAACGAUUUGGAGGAGUGGGUCCCGAGCCAUCAAGUUAAGUGUCGUCACUGA